AUGAGCUCGAGUGUGCGGCACAAAAAUAUCACGUUCGAUGACCGAGAUGACAGACUCAAGUAUGCAGGAAACUGGUUUCACGAUGGGACAUGGAAUGCUAGUAGUGUUCACCAGACGGGGACCCUGUCGAGCUCAAAUGACCCACAAGCCAAUGUAACUUUCACUUUUCCACAACCUGCAAUUGCCUUCUAUUAUUAUGGAAUAGCUCGCUCACGCGGAGCGCUUUACGCCAUCUGCAUUGACUGUGAUCCCAAUAACCCAAGAUUUGAACCCGUUGACGGCUUGAAUAGCACAGAUGAUGGAACCAAUCCACCGAUUGUUCUCUACUCAAGAGUUUUCGAUAGCCCUGGGCAACACGUCGUCAUUUUGACCAACCAGAACGACACACGAGGCACUCCUCUGGGGAAUUCCCAACUUACCAUAGAUCGCUUCGACCUCGAGAUAUUAAUUGACGAUUCCCCCGCCGUCAUUAGUACUGUCACUCAAGAUCCCUCAAACCCUGGACCGGGGACAUCGACCGCACCGACCGCUACAAGUUCGUCAAGCUCCUCGGCACCUAUCGGAGCCAUCGCUGGAGGUGCUGUAGGAGGAUUCGGCGCAGCCGUGAUACUGAUCGCCAUCGGUCUUUUCUGUUUGCGCCGAAGGCAUCGGAGGAGGAGAAUGGGCGGCUCAAUCCCCCCUCCCGCUCCCCCUCAGCCUACACAUGUGGAACCCUUCCCCGUUCAGGCCUAUUCGUCGAAAGGCCCUCGGAUCUCUAUCAGACCCACUCCUGCCACUGUCACAUUAGGCACAGAUACCGACCUGUCCUCCAGUCUUUCGCCCUCCACGGUUACGGGUUCAUAUGAUCCCCCGUCUUCGGGUACCUAUAGCUCAAAUACAUCGUCAAGCGACCAAUCGUCAUCACGCCGUGCGCGGCGAGAAAGACGGCGCGAGAGACGGCGAGAGGUAGAUGCGGGGCCUAUUUUGGAAGAGGAUGAUGGCGCAGAAAAUGAGGAUUCUCUUCCACCGCUCUAUGAACAAGUAUUUCGAACUGGCAGGCAAAGGUCUGUCAACCAGGCUCGUUCUAGUUCGGCACCGAAUUAUAAUGAUCACACCACGUCCAUUCCUCUGACGCCCUUGCGUCGUGGACCUGAAAAAACCUGA